GGACUCAAGUUGGUAGGGUUUAUAGACCUUUAAGGGACUUCUACAGCAGAAAUACUCACAACAAAAGAAAAUCCAUUAACAAUCGCCAAUGACGACUACUGCAAUUUCAAGAAACAGCUCUCAACUUCGCAAUCUUUGUCGCUUCUUUGUUUCUUCUUAUUCUUCUUCAAAUUCCUUCAACACAUGGCGUUCCACCAGCAACUCAUCUCGCCUCUUUCACGGCGUUUCUGAUGCUCCCCGCCACGUCCAAACCCUCCUCCCUUUUUCGCAUUUGGAUGUUGGUUUGGGUCAAUCAGAGGCGGGCUUUAGUUGCUAUUCUAGCAGGAUUAGGAUGCUAUGUACUACGGCUCCUUCAUCUAAUCAAUCAAAUAGUGGAUCCUCUGAGGGUAGUUCGGGGAAAAGCGAAAGUUCUGAUGGGUCGCAGAAGACUUCUGAGCAAGGAAAGCCUGUUCGAGGCAGCCCUGUUUCAUGGAUGAGCUUCCUGCUGCUUCUGGGCACUGGAGCGGGAUUGGUUUACUACUAUGACAGGGAAAAGAAGCGGCAUAUUGAAGGAAUCAACAGUGCAUCUAAUGCUGUGAAACAAGGACCAUCUGUUGGAAAAGCAGCUAUUGGUGGCCCAUUUAACCUCAUUGACCAUAAUGGAAAACCUGUUACUGAAAAGGACUUUUUGGGAAAAUGGAUCAUGCUAUAUUUUGGAUUCACUCACUGUCCAGAUAUAUGCCCAGAUGAACUUCAAAAGCUUGCUGAAGCUAUUGAUAAAAUAAAAUCAAAGUCAGGACUUGAGGUAGUUCCAGUUUUUAUCUCAGUUGAUCCAGAGAGAGAUACAGUUGAGCAAGUUCGUGAAUACGUUAAAGAGUUCCAUCCAAAUUUGAUCGGGCUUACUGGUAACCCCGAAGAGAUAAAAAAAGCUGCACGUGCUUAUCGAGUUUACUACAUGAAAACCGAAGAGGAAGGCUCAGACUAUCUUGUUGAUCACUCAAUAGUAAUGUAUCUUAUGGAUCCUAAGAUGGAGUUCGUUAAGUUCUUUGGGAAGAACAAUGAUGUCGACAGCCUUGCUGAUGGUGUAAUUAAGGAGAUAAAGCAGUACAAAAAAGUGAAAACAUGAUGUGGAGCAUUUCGCAUUCCUUGCUUGAAGCAUUUGAUAUUCAACUUGAACAGUGAGCAUUGAGCCUCGGUUUUGGCAGAACAUUUUAGUUGAGUGUCGAUUUUGACAGAGCAUAAUAGUUAUUCUUAUGAGAUUAUUACUGGCAGAGAAAAUUGCACUAUGAUGAAUAAAGAUGCCAUUGCUGUGCUAUCUUUCUAAAUCCUUAAAAAGGAUAUUUGCAGCAUAAUCUAACUGUAUAAAAUUGUGACUUUUAGUAGAACAAUUGUUAUACCAUGGAUUGGUACAAAAAUUAUGUGUUGCAGUUAAAA